AUGUCAAGAGUUCUAAAUUUUUUUAAAAAUUUAUUAUUAAUAUAUAUUUCGAAUUGCCUAUUAUACAUUAAUAAUAAGCAUUUAUUAAGUAUCAUGCAUUAUGAAAUGUACAAUACUAAGUUGGUUUCGAAUUUAAUUAUAAAACGAAGAUUAAGUGAAACGUUAAUGUAUAACAAAAGAUCACAAUUAAAGGUCUCAAACAUUAAUAAUUAUAAUGAUGAUCAUGAAGAAAAUAAAAAUAGUUUAACUGAAAAAAAAGAAAUGUUAAAAACUUCAAACAGAAAUGAAAAUAAUAGAAAAUCAAAAAAAAGAAGAAAUUAUGAUGUAACUAAAAAAAAAGAAACGUUAGAAGAUUUACUAAAAGAAUAUGAUGAAGAAAUGAAAGAAAUAAAAAAAAAAAAAAAAAAAAUCCUUUUUUAA